AUGGAUAUUAGAGCAACACCAGUACCAGGAAAUAGUCACACAAAUGACUCUUCAACUAGACUCCUACAGGUACCAAACGGAACUACAUAUGAAUCCAGAACAACUACUCCAGAAGAAACAGAAAGUGUACAAUGUAAAAUAUGCUCUAGAACACUUGGACAACACGAAUUUUGGGACUGUCCAAACGCAAUAUGUAAUAAAUGCAGAGAGACAGGACAUACACACCAAAACUGCCCACACACUUCAUUAUUAAAAAAUGGAAGUUGGUAUGUUAAUUUAAAUGAAAGCAAAGAGUAUCAAUGUGAAUAUUGUCUUAUGAGAGGACAUAAACGAUACCAAUGCAAAGAAUUAUCAUUGAAUAAAGCAAAUGAACAUAAUGGUUGUGGAUGUGAUCCAAAAGAAGUAACUGCAAUGAGAAUGAACUAUUUAAUCAAUCCAAACUCUUCAACAUCAAAAUUAAAGAAGAAUCAUUGUUGCAAUUGUAAAAUACCAUUUACAAGAAAUAAUUUAAUAGGAAUACAAAGAAGAAAUAAUAGAAUUCGAUUGGAAUGUAAAGAAUGUGUAUAUGAAUAUGUAAGAUACUUUCAACAACAUGAACCUCAGAAGAAACAAGUAAUGGAAUGGCUAGAACACAAAGGAAAGUUAAUUGAAUGUUACCUUUGUAAAAAGAAAGGAACAAAAAGAGAAUUUGCAAAUUAUGGAAAUAUAUUCUUUUGUACUUGGGAAGAAAAAUAUGCCUAUCAAAUAUAUCUUGACAUAGUAGACCCUUGCCAUAACUAUACUUAUGAAAGAAGGGAAGGACAUUGGUUCAAUACCAGACGGUCAGCAGGAAAUUAUAUAACAAUCAAUAGAUCAAUGGUAAAAAGAAUCUACGACUAUAUUGCAGAAGGAGAACCUAAUCUACAACAACUAGAACUUCUAAAAGAAGAAAAAAGAGGAGAUGAAUUCUCUUAUCCAGAGACACCAAUCCUCUAUAAUGAAGAAAAUAAUGAUGUCGAAGAAGAAAUAGCUUAUAACCAAGCUGUUACUGAAAGCUUAAACAACUUGGAUAAAGGAAAUACAAAGAGACCAGAAACAUACGAUGAAUGGUGUAAAGAAACCUCUAAAGUAGGAUGUACUCUUUGUAAAGAAUGUCUUUUGCCAAUCAAUAUCAAAGAAGAAAGUAGUUAUGUAAAUGUAUCAAAUAUGAUGGAAAAAGCCAUCUAUCCAUAUUGUAUUGAUUGCUAUAACAAAGUAUAUCAUCCGACACAAUACUGUACCAAAUGCAACCAAAACCCUCUAAGAUCAGAAGAAAACCUAGCAAGAGGAAUAUGUCGAGAAUGUUAUAUCAAGGAAAAAGGAAAAGCUAAGGAAGAACCUCCAAAAGAUUACUUCUUCUAUGAACUGAUAACAACUGAACAAGAAGUAUUAAAAGAAAUGCUUUACAAUUAUCCUUUACGAUUUGAGCAUAUAGAAGAAGCACUUUCCAAAGUAGAAAUGGAAAACCAAAUACUUCGACAACAAGUAGACCAAGAACAUCUUAUAAACUUAAUAAAGUAUGAAGGUCUAAAGAAAAUGAUCCAAAGAAUAGUAGGAGUAAUCGACGAAUCAGUAGACUCCAUCAAUGAAAGCAUUAAAGCAAGUGCUAUAGUCGAAAGAGCUCGGCAAGAAUUAAAAGAAUUACAAGAAUCUAGACUUCCAACAGAACAACAAGCAUUCGAAGAAGCAAUGCGAAGAGGACAAUCACAAACAAGAAGAUCUCCAAGAAUUACAGUAACAACUAUAAUCGAAAAUGAUGAUAUGGAAGUAGAAGAAAUCUCCCAAGAAGAAUUCCAAAAAAAGAUUCCUAGCAGAACAAAUUCUGCACCACCAUUCCUGAGAAUAGAAGAUGAACUAUUCGGAAGAAAAUAA